AUGAGGAUUCUCUGUCUACUGCAGCUGGUCUGCUUGGCUGGUUGUAGUGCUCCCAGAUCAAGAGACUGGGCUCAUCAUGGUGCCCCCAUGUUUGCUGACCUCACAGUACGUGAAAUGAAAGCUGUCCGGGCCUACCUGCAUGGUAUUCCAGAGCUGGAGCUCACUGAUGCUCGUAGCAAGACUCUGAAGAAGAAUAGCAUCCUACUGAUAGAACUCCAUCUGCCAAAGAAGCAUGAAGCCCUGAGAGCUCUGGACCAUGGACAUGCCAGACCUCCACGUCAAGCCCGUGUGAUCAUCCAGUUUGGAAAUCAGAUCAAGUCCAACAUCACUGAGUACAUUGUAAGUCCUCUGCCAUCCCCAAAUUCCCAUGAAGUCAAGAAGUUCAAGGGGGAUAUGCCUAUCCGGUUUGAGUCAAGGCCUAUUACUGCAGUAGAGUAUGACCAUAUUACUGACAUCCUCAAUAAGAUCACAACUACGGCUCACAAGCUUCUGUUUGAGACCACAGGAGGGUUUUCCUUUACUAACUGCUCUGACCGCUGCCUGACGUUCUCAGACAUAGCGCCCCGUGGGCUGGGUCCAGGUGAGAGGAGAACCUGGAUCAUGUUGCAGAAGUUUGUGGAGGGUUAUUUCAUCCACCCAGUUGGGUUUGAGGUGCUUAUCAACCACCGGGACCUGGAUCCAGAAAAGUGGACUGUCGAGAAGGUCUGGUACAACAGCAUGUACUUUGACAGUGUUGAGGAACUGGUAGAAAAAUAUGAAUCAGGAGGUGUGGAGAAGGUCAAACUACCCGAUCAUGACAUCAGUGACCUCUAUUCCACUUACAUCCCCCGGGGUCCAAGCAACACUCCCACUAAUAUCCAUGGUCCUAAGCUAGUGGAGCCACAGGGGCCUCGCUAUCAUGUUGACCACAAUUUUGUUGAAUAUGCUGGAUGGUCUUUUGCCUACCGAGUCCGGUCAUCAGCUGGACUUCAAGUCUUUGACCUCCGUUUCAAUGGAGAAAGGAUAGCCUAUGAGAUCAGCCUCCAAGAAGCUGUUGCCUUCUAUUCUGGUGAUACUCCCGCUGCCAUGCAAACAAAGUACAUUGAUGCUGGCUGGGCAAUGGGCACUUCAACCUAUGAGCUGGCGCCUGGAAUCGACUGUCCAGAAAUUGCCACCUUUGUUGACCUUCACCACUACUUUGACACAGACAAACCUGUGCGAUACAAAAAUGCACUCUGUAUUUUUGAGAUGACAACUGCUAUGCCUCUGAGAAGGCAUUUCAACUCCAACUUCCAGGGGGGAUAUAACUUCUUUGGAGGGCUGGAAAACACUCUGCUGGUACUGAGGACAACCUCGACGGUUUACAACUAUGAUUACAUCUGGGACUUCCUCUUCUACCAGAAUGGAGUGGUGGAGGUAAAGGUCAGCGCCACCGGAUAUAUCCACGCCACAUUCUUUACACCUAAUGGACUUCACUAUGGUACCAAGGUGUAUAACUAUGUGCUGGGUAACCUGCACACACACCUCAUCCAUUACAAAGUGGACCUGGAUAUUGCUGGUCGCGAGAACAGCUUUGAGACAAUGGACCUGAAAUUUGUCAACUUCUCAAAUCCCUGGAGCCCGAAAGAUUUCAUCGUCCAGUCCAAACUUCACAUGACUGAGCACAAGACUGAGCGGUCUGCUGCUUUCCGCUUCGGCAAAAAGUUCCCCCGCUAUGUACACUUUAACAACCCCAACGAGAAAAAUAAGUGGGGGCACCAAAAGGGCUACCGUAUUCAGUUUAACUCACAUGCCCACAGUGUCCUUCCAAGAGGCUGGAGAGAGGAAAAUGGCAUCAGUUGGUCAAGGUAUCCUCUGGCUGUGACUCGUCAUAAAGAUAGUGAAGCCACCAGCAGCAGCAUUUAUACCCAGAAUGACCCCUGGGAACCCGUUGUGUCCUUUGAGGAUUACAUCCGCAACAAUGAAAACAUAGUUAACCAAGACUUGGUAGCCUGGGUGACAGUCGGCUUCCUGCAUGUGCCUCACUCAGAAGACAUCCCCAACACGGCAACACCCGGCAACGCAGUGGGCUUCUUCCUCCGACCCUUCAACUUCUUCGACGAAGACCCUUCACUGGCAUCCAGAAGCACCAUCAUUGUUAGGCCUGGCGAGGACGGAAAGCCCAAGGUCCAGAGAUGGACACCAGAGGUCAUAGGUCACUGUGUGACAGACAAGCCAUUCUUUUACAAUGGCACUUAUGCAGAGGUAUAGAUGGGUCUUUUUUGGGUUUCCCAUAAAGUAUUUUACCACAAAUAUAAUUUUUGCUCCACUUGAGUACAUUCACAGUGAGGAUCUCAGAUUUUUAUAUCACUUGAAGUAUAUCUGCUUCAAAUUUAUUCUCAGCAAUGUCUAACAAUGUCACAGCCUUAUGAGAAUUUCCAGUAUCUACAUUUUGAAAGACUAAAAACAAAAUCCAUUUUUAAAAAGAAAAUAAAGAAGAGGAACAUUUACAAGAAACAUUUUUUUCAUAAAUGAUGCCUGUUAUAGCUGAUCAUAUAUAAUUUACAAUCCGAUAAAUUGAUAAAUAUUUAGCUGAAGACGCUACACAUUUCACAUUCUAAAUCAUAUGCAUGUCUCUCUUUUUCCGCGUCAAAUGAAGAAAAAUCAUGGACUUAUAGCCCAAAUAAUACACUUAGUUAAUCUUAAUGUUAAAAUUAACGUACCACUCCCAAUCAAACCACACAUGCAACCUGGCAGUGGGAAGGCAUGGGAGGCCUUGAGAACUCCUGUUAUCCCAUGUUGGGUCUCCAUGGCUGAGGUUUAGCAGCAGCGAGCAUCCAGGAUUCAGGAUGCUCUGUAUCCGCAGUGAUUGUGCUAAACUCCUGGCCCCUCAGCAUGCAUUGCUUGCCCCUGGGUAGGAAUGUUUUUACUGGAAAGAAAACAGGCCUUAAAGAGCAAACAGCCUGAUUCCGGAUUCUUCCCUGCAAACAGUCCAGAAUUCCUGCUGGCUGUGCCGUUGCCCCUGGAAACCUAACACGUACAACAUGACACAAUAACAGCACAUGUAACUGCUUUGUCCUUAUUGUGCCCAUUUCCUAACAAAGCAAUGUCACUUUACAGAUCUCAACCAAACGAUUCACUCAAGUGCCAAAUAAAUCAAACUGUUUUAAUCACGUUCUACUCUUUUGGGUUUGAUUUUAAUUGAAACUUUUCUGUAUUAAACAAUGAUCAAUACA